UGAUGAAAUAGAUUUUUGGAGAUAAAAUUUUGUGGAUUAAGAAAGAAUAAAUGAAGCCCGAUAUCUAGUUGGUCUCCACCGCCGUGAUUCUGCCACCACCGCCGCCACGAGCUUGUCGCCGUCGUGGCUCCAUGCUCUCUUCAUCAGUUUCUUCUCCCCUCCCAGUAAAGAGAGAACUCAAAGAUUUUCCACCUCUUCUUACAAAAAUAGGCCAAUUCUACCCACAUAACUCAACCUCCACCACAUCCAACUUUGUUCCUUCCGGCAGUCACUCCGCCUCCACCACAUCCAACUUUGUUCCUUCCGGCAGUCACUCCGCCACCAGAAACUUUGUUUCUCCCGCCACCACUCCACCACCAGCAACAUUGUUCUUUCUGCCACCGCAAACUUUCAGAUCAUAAGAAUGACAGCUUUUGGUGCUGUUCUUUCUCUUAGGAAUACAAUUAACAAUAUUCUCUGUUGUUCUCGUUUUAGCCUUGUUGAUCCCUCUCAACAAAUCAUAAAAGGUGUGUACAGUGAGUUGAAGCCUUGGGAAGAAAUUCUGGAAAGAUUGGACGAAACAAGUCCAAGCAAGAGCAGGAAGAAGGUGAAUGCUCUGGAUGGAAGAAUCAAAGAUGCAAUAUGGAAAUUUGAAGACUCAUUGGAAUCCCUUCUCGUUCAACAGAUUCCUUUACAAUUUGAAAGUAUUCCAGAUAUUGUCUCCAUUAGUCUGCAGAGUCUGCAAAAUGAUGUAAAUUCCUUGAUCCAAACGCUCAACGAUAUGAAGAAGGAGUACAUUUAUGAAUUAGAGAAUAUGCCUCAAGAAGAAUCUAUUUCCUCAUUAAUUGGUUUUCAUGGAACAUACUCGAAGAUGAUUGGAUUAUCUGACCAAUUCCAACAACUCAAAGCUGAUCUUAUGAGAGCAUCUUGCGGCUGGAAUUAUAUGGGUUGGGGAGACCACAGUUGCUAUACACUUUAUGGAAUGGCAGGCAUUGGGAAGACCACUCUUGCUAUGCAAAUUUAUGAAGAUCCAGAAAUUCAGAACAAAUAUGAGUGCCACACGUGGGUCACUGUAGGCAGAGUACCUCAACCGAUCAGUCAAAUUUCACAUGGCAUUCUAGCUCAACUUUGUGGAAUUACACAAGGAGAUGAAGAAAUAGGCGACUGCUUGAAAGAAAGAUUGGAUGGCAAGAAUUGCCUCAUUGUGUUGGACGAUGUUUGGGAGACACGUGUAUUGAGUUUCUUGGAAGAUUCCUUACUAGACAUCCCAAAUGGAUGUAUUCGUGUCUUGCUUACUGGUCGACAUCGAAAAUUGAUAAAUGCUUAUAUGCAUAAUGAAUAUUCGUAUGAGGUGCGGUUUUUGAAAGACGAAGAAAGUAUGGACCUACUAUGUGAAAAGGUGUUUGGUGAUGAGAUUUGCCCUCCUCAACUUCACAAAUCUGCCAUCAAAAUUGCCAAGCUUUGUGAAGGUCUCCCUCUCUUGAUAGUUACUGUUGCAGACAUCCUAUCGAAAUCUAAGCAGAAUAGAAACCCAACCUACUGGAAGAAUGUAGCAGAAAAGAAAAAUUCAGUCUUCACGGAUGCUUAUAAUAAAAUAUCAAAGGUGACUCCCGGGUCACUAAGGUUGCCACGUAAUUUGAAAAAGUUGCAUUUGAGUGGCAUGAGUUUACCCUGGGAAUACAUGGAUGCCAUUGGCUCAUUGCCGAGUCUUAAAGUGCUCAAAUUGCGAUCAUACGCCUUUUAGGGUUCGCAUUGGAAAACAAAAGGGCAUAGUUUUUCGAGUCUCGAGUUUCUUCUAAUUGAAGAGAGUGAUUUGGUGCAAUGGAAGCCAGGAUACCUAAGCUUCCUUAAGCUUAAAUAUCUAAGCUUGAAACAUUGCUACAAACUAAAAGAGAUCCACAGGCACGCUUCCGUGUACGCAGAAUUUGGACGUAUGAUCAUAGAGAUUGAAUUGGAGGACUGCAAUCCUUUAGCUUUGACUUGGGCCAGCCAAUUACAACCAACUAAUGAUGUUAAGCUUCGUGUUAUUGCCUCUUCUUCGUUUUAUGAGAAACCGACAACUUUCAGUAGUGAAAGGGAUGGAGAGGACUAUAUAUCUGGGCUGGAAAGAUCCAUUUUGGAAAUUGAGGAGGAGAACGAUGAUGAAGAUAUGUCUGAUAAUGAGGAUACAGACAAAGAGGAUAAUAUUUAAGAAAUUGCGAAUUGGGGUGAGGAUGGUGAAGUAUUGCUCAUGUGAAUGCUUUGGAGCUACUUUGUUCAAUCAAUGAUCAUCUUAUAAAUUCUACCUGAAAAACGGAAGAUAUAGGCGAGGGUGAUGAAGAAGAGGAUUGUGAUGAGCAAUUUGACAACCAAGUAGGAUGAAGAAGAUCCAACUCAGGCGAUGAGGAUACAGACAAAGGGGAUGAUUUUGAUGAAAUGGCCAAUUGGGGAGAGGAUGGUGAAGACAAGGAUACAGAUGAGGAGGAUGGUGAAGAGAGUGAUGAUGAAUAUUCGUCUAAUUCAGAGGAUUAUGAUGGAGAUUAUAAGGAUACAAAGGAAGAUGAUUUCGAUGAUGAAGAUUACUUCGGUUGAGUAGAGGAUGGUGAAGAUUACAAGGAUAUUGAGGAAGAGGAUUCAGAUGAUGAGGAUUAUAAGGAUACUGAGGAAGAGGAUUCGGACGAUGAUGAUUAUAAGGAUACUGAGGAAGAGGAUUCGGAAAAUGAAGAUUAUAAGGAUACUGAGGAUGAAGAAGAUUCAGACAAUGAAGAUAGUGAAGAGAGUGAUAGUGAAGAACAUUCUGAAGAGGAUUCUGGUGAAGAAGAUCCCGAGCAUACAGUACAGAUGAAGAGAACAAGGAAGUGGUAAAGAUUAUGAAGAUCAUACAGAGGCGAUCAAGAUUUUAUAACCUACAAGUCCCAGUCAAGCAUUUCAUUGAGCAUUCAAUCAACUUAUUAAAAUUCAAGCUGAUGAAGCAAAGGCAAGGGCGUCGGUGGGCAUACGGAUGAGGAGAAUGAGGAAGCGAAUGACGACAAAUAUAUGUAUGAUCCAUAGGAAACCGAGGCCAGCGCCAACGUCUAGGAGUAUGUGAGUUUUAGAUUCUAUUGUUUGUUUUGUAAUGUGUUUGGUUGUUUUUUUUGGCAGAGGAGUGUUGAAGAAGAUGGUAGGCGUUGUAUGCCAAUGUCCAAGAGUUUAUAGGGAUAUUUUUCUUUAUUUUCAGUAUUCAGCUAAAGAUGUAACUCCUCUUAGUAGUUGAAAGAUGUAAUCCAGUUUUGAUUUGCAGGAGAACUUGAAUCUGCUGCUACAAACUCAUUCUCAAGUAUAUCAAAUUAUUUUGGUAUGAUUACCAAUGAUUGAAUAAUCA